ACCACAACUCCAAAGCACGAUAACCAUGAAGUACAUCAUUGAGAAUUUGGAGCCGAAACUGCCUGAAUGGUCGCAGCUGGAAUAUGCCCAUGUCCUGACUCACGUUGAACCAUCACGAGUUUACUUCACCAACAUGGCCGAUCAUUCCCCGGCCAACCUCUCCGCCGCACAUGUCCUGAAGGAGAGCGCCUUCUCAAUGUCGGAACUCCUCGCCAACAAGCAACGUGUAUGUCUCCUGGACGAACUCGCCGAGGAGGAGCUGUCACCGGAAGAUGCUGAAAGAUUUGACUGGAUCAUCUGUGGUGGGAUCCUCGGAGAUGAGGACACGGAGGACUAUGUUGCACAAGACAGGAACAAGGGGAGCGACGAGCUACAGAAGCAUGGAUUUCCUCUGCGACGGAUAGGGAAGCCCCAGAUGACUACGGACACGGCGGUGAUCAGUGCGAAGAGGAUUUUGGAGGACCGCAAGAGGUACGAAGAGUUGAAGUUUGCGGAUAACCCGACGGUGAAGAUUUCUGCUAUGGAAUCAACGGACAUCCCGUUCCGUUACUUGGCGACGGAGGACGGAACCCCACUGAUGGCUCCAGGGAUGGUUGGGCUGCUGAAAAAGCAAAUGGAAGAGGACGACGACUUCUUUUGAGGAAUG